AUGUCACAAGUCCUCGGUCUGACUAAACUGGCAUACUCUCGAGUAUGGCACGGUGUCUCUGCUUCCGCCCCUCAUGCCACUCUCUCGACUCAGCCCGGCGUAACACCGCCUUCACUGGGCCGCCUCGCAUCACGCAUCGCCGUUCUUCUCAUGGGCAAGCACAAGCCCGUCUUCGAUCCCUCAAACGACUGCGGCGACUACGUUGUCGUGACAAACUGCGCUGCACUACACACAACCGGCCGCAAGAUGUGGCAAAAGCCUUACUACCGACACUCGACCCGACCGGGUAAGCUCAAGGAGGUGACCAUGGAUGUGCUCAUGGAGCAGCAUGGAGGCAGCGAGGUGUUGCGCAAGGCUGUGCGCGGCAUGCUGCCCAAGAACAGACUACGAGACAAGCGAUUGGCGAGACUUAAGGCUUUUGAGGGAGAUGCUCACCCGUACAAACAGAACUUGAUACGGUUUAGUGGUGUGCAAGUGGGCAAGCCAGGUUGGGAGAAGGCUGUCGAGAAGGUCCGUGAGGGUGACAAGAAGCGAUUAUGA